CUCAGCAAAGGCUUGAACUGAAUGGAGGGUUACUCUGGCUCUGAGUGCGACAGAGUGUCUGAGAUUUCCUCUAUAGAGGAUGAAGUCCCCGAAGGGUUGGUGGAGCCCCAAGAAGUGGCGGAGCUGACUAACAGUUUAAAGGACAUUAUCCAGAAUGAAGAUGUGAAACCCAAGCUACAAUGCAUCAUGUCCGACCCUUCCUUUUCUAUGGUAACAGUUCAAAGUGAAGAUAGUGGAAUAACAUGGGAAACCAGCUCAAGCAGAUGUUCCACUCCUUGGGCCUCAGAAGCAAGUGCUACUUCUGAUCUUUGUAGUGUUGAAAGCUCAUCUGUAGAUUCUCCCCCAGGGAAAGUUAUCUUUCUCAUGGAUGAAGGUAAGACUGUCCGGAAAAGAAUGUGUAAAUCAUCAGAUAGGACAUCAGAUUUGAAGGGAGGCCAGUGUAGCAAAAAGAGUGACUUGUCUGGAACGAAGAUGCAAGAAUUAAGAGAUGCUCCCGCAAAAGUGCAGGAUGCGAAGUUAAAUGCUGCUGAACUGGAAGCACAAGCUAUGGAUGCAGAAACUUCAAAAGAUAAAGAGGAUUUGCUAGACAUUACAGGGGAAUCAGUGUCACAUGCUCCAAUUGCCUCAAAGUCCAUGGGUAAAGAAAAUAAACUGAAAAAAGGAAGGCCAGCCCUUAAUGGAGCUGUAAGAGCUAAAAUCCAGAAGUUCAGUUCAAUUUCAGAAGAAGAAACGCCAACAUUUUUCCAAAAGAAGAGUAGUAAAGAUCCAGCUACGCCAUCAGAUAUAAAAAGGAAGCAGAAACAACAGCACAAAGGAUUCCUAAAUCAAAGCCCUUCCUCGCCUUCUUUGGUGCAUCUUGAAAAGGAUUGCACUGAUGGGGAUGAUGGUUCACUUCAUAAUAUAAAACAUGUCAAAACGAAUAUUGAAUCUAGCAGUUUUUCAAAUGCGGGUGUAACAGUUCCUCUUGAUCAAGAAGAGAGAAAAGAGACACGGUCUUCUCCAGCUGAGACUCUACAUGAGACAUCAGAACAGUCACUGUCUUUUUCACCAUACCUUACUGAGGAAGAAGAGAAGCAGGAAAUCCACACAAGUUCACCCAUGCCCUUGAUAUCAAUAUCAGAAUGGUCAAUAUCCGAGCCAUCAGAUCUUAUGGAUAUAGCAGAGAAAGAAGAAAUACAGCCCUUUCCUCCUGAGACUGCAAAUGUAAUCUCAGAACAGUCACUGUCCAUUACCCCAUCUCUUAUUGAUGAAGGAGAGAACCAGGAAAUUCAGCCUAAUUCAUUUUUGACCACAAAGACCAUUUCAACAGAUUGUAUUAAUGAACCAGAGGGGCAAGAAACUCAACCAUAUGUGUCUCUAUCUACAGAAUCUGUCUCUGAAUGUUCUAGUUCAUCACAUACUGCCAAGGAAACAGAGAAACAAGAAAUUCAGUUUUAUUCACCUGUGACUACACAGUUGGAGCCUGAACAUUCAGUUUUAUCUGAAAUAAAAAAGCGUGAUUUUAAACCUUAUCCAUCUAUAACUACACAAUCCGAAUGUGAACAUCCAGAUUUAUCAUAUUCCAUCGAGGAAGCAGAAAAGCAAGAAAUUCAUCCUUAUUCGCCUGUAACUGCACAACUGGAAUCUGAACAACUAGAUAUAUCAUAUUCUACUUGUGAAACAGAGAAACAAGAGAGAGAGCAAUUGGAGUCUGAACAUUCAGACCAGCAAGAUAUCCAGCCCAACACUCCCAUAACUGCUCAGUCAGAGUCUGAACAUUCAGAUCUAUUCUAUUCCAUUGAAGAAGCAGAAGAGCAUGAGUCUUAUUCACCUGCAGUUGAACAACUGGAGUUUGAAAAUGUAGAUUUAUCAUAUCCUGUUGAUGAAACAGAAACACAAGGAAGUCAGUAUUAUUCACAAGUAACUGCAGAACCGGAGUCUGAGCUUUCAGAUUUGUCAUAUUCCAUUGAUGAAGCAGAGAAACAAGCUGCACAAUUGGAGUGUGAACAUCGAAUUUUAUCAGAUUCCAUUGAAGAAGCAGAGAAUGAAGAAAUUCAGCCAUAUUUACUUGUACCCACACAAUUCGAGUCUGAACAUCUAGUUUUAUCUGAAACAGGGAGUGAAGAAAUUGAGCAUUAUUCACCCACAACUCCACAAUUGGAAUCUGGUCAUUUAAUUUUAUCAUAUCCUAUUGGAGAUACAGAAACCCGAGAAAGUCAAUGUUAUUCACAUAUACCUGCAGGACUGGAGCCUGAACAUUCACUUUCGUAUUAUUCAGCGGAUGAAGUAAUUCCCCAAGAAAUUCAAUCUUCUUCACCUGUAACUGCACAAUCUAUGCCUAAACAUUUAGUUUUGUCACAUUCUAUUGAUGAUGAAGAGAAGAAAGACAUUCAGCCAUAUAGACCCAAGCCUGCAAAAUCAAAGUGUCACUCUUUACUUUCAUCAUAUGACACUGAUGAAGCAGAGAUGCGAGAAAUUCAGCUACAUUCACCUAAAAUAGAAAACUUGAUGUCUGAACAGUUAGGCACUAUGUCACUAAUGCAUACUGAUGACAGAGAUGGGCAAGAACUUCAAGCUUAUUCACUGGGCACAGAAUACUUGCUGUCAGCACAGUUAACAGCUCCUUCUCCCAUCUUCAUUGCUGAAAGUGAUAAGCAAGAAAUACAACCUGAUGCACAUGAAGUGCCAGACUUGGUUUCAGAAGUGUUGAACUUUUCAGCUGGUUCCAUUAAUGAAGAAGAGAAGCAUGAUAUUGAUUCUUCUUUGCCUGACAUACAAUAUACUUCAUCUGAACAAUCAAUGGCUGUUUCAUCAGACUUUAUUGAUGAAACCGGGAUGCAAGAAAAUCAGUCUUAUUCAGCUGAAACAGACAGUGACCCAUCAACACAGUUAAAAACCACCUUGGAUAGGCCUUUUAAUGAUUCAGAGAAACUAGAAAUUCAAGCUUAUGCUUUUGAGGAAACUGCUUUAUUGUCAGAAGAGUCAAAAACUGGCUCAGCGGAUCCUACAAAUAAUAACGAAGCAGACAAGCAAGAAAUUCAGUCUUUUCCAAAUGAAGCUAAAUGCUUUGAAUCAAAACAAUUUCCAGGUAGACUUCAGACAGCACGAACAGCCCAAAGUGCUAAUGAGAAUAAAUCAGACAUGACAAUGGUAUCUGAUUUUGUUUCAAAUGAAGCUUCCCGUAAUCUCCUAUCAGAGCCCAUUAAUGAAAGCCACACACAUAAUUUAUACUCCUCACUACCAGGUAAUCCAGUCUCAGAUAAAAAUGUAAAUAAUGUAACAGUAACUAGCAUUGGAAACCUUUCAACAGCAGAAGAAAUACAGCAUUUUUCAAAUGUAGAAGCAGGGUCAAAAGAGCCUGAACAUUAUCUACCAAGAGAAGAGAAAUUAACAGAACGUGUGAACUCUGCAGAAGAAUCCAAAUAUACUGCAGAACCUGAUGAACAAAAAGAUAUGUUUAAUAUAAUUUCAGAAGGCUAUGAGAUAUUGAAUAUUCAUGCUGUCCCACUCAUUUCUUCAGUGGACGAAGAAGAAAGCAAACACAUGCCAGAUAAACUAGAAUACUUAGAAACAAAUACCCUCAUUAAAACAAAACCGUUUGAAUGUGGUGACCAUGAAGCGUCAGCAUAUGGAACAGCUAGAGAAAUUUCAGAAAACUCAGUGGCAGAUGACACGGGAGUUAAAGAUAUGGAACAAAAAGAAUUGGUUGAAGAAGUAGAUGCUCAGGAAAUUGUAGAAACAGAGGAGGAAAUUUCCACUGUGUCAGAAAAUAAAAGUGGCGAAGUUUUGAAUCCUAAUGAGAGUACCAUUGAGAUGGAUUAUUUUGAAAAGUAUACUUUGAUUGAUGACAAAUCCCCCACUGAACUAUCUGUUCAGGGGCUAUCUCCCUUUGAUGCUGUAAUGGCAAACCCUAAGAAACAUACAGAAGAAACCAUCUCUUCAACUGGAAGUUCUGAUGUUAAUACCUUGGAAGAUGAAUUUACUUUACUAGAUAAUGACUUAGAUGAAGCCUUUUAUGGAAUGAUAGAACAAGAAAGCACGAUGCAGUCUCAUGUAGAUACUCAGAAAUUUUUGACUAUGCAAAAAUCAAUUGACUGUAGUAAAAAAGUGAUAAAUAUAGAAGAUGAACAGAAGUUAGCAGGCACACCCUUAUUUGAUACAGAAGAAGGAGUGUUAGAACGAUCCAUGUUGUUUCCCACAUCAGUCAGCGCGAUUAACCCAGAACUUCUAGAGGAGCCACCUGCACUGGCAUUUUUAUACAAGGACCUCUAUGCAGAAGCAGUGGGAGAAAAUGCAAAAGGUGAAAAUGAGCCUCCUUCUGAUGAAGAGAGUGGGAAUUCUGAUGCAUCUUUUCCUAGAAAUUCUGACACAGACGAUGAAACUGGAAUAUAUUUUGAAAAAUACAUUCUUAAAGAUGAUAUUCCUUGCAACGUGGCUGGGUCUCAAAAAGAUGAAGCUUCAAAAGCUCAGUCUGUUAAUAAAGACCCGUCAGGCCAAUUGAGGGUUUCAGGAGACAAACAUAAGGAUUUUUAUGAGGUAAUUGAAAAGGAGCAGCAAUCUGUUCAUAUUUUAUCUGAAGAAUCCACCAAAACCCAGGUCUUGUCAGAAGGGGAAAUUGUGGAGGGAGAAACAAUCCCAUUUAUUAGUGAUAUUAAAGUAACAAUUUGUCAACCAACUCAGGCAGUUCCUUUUGGAAGCAAGCUUAAUGUUUCAGAUGCAAGAAAUGAUCCCUCUAGUCAAAGAGAGGAAGAAAAUGCACCUGCAGCAACACACCAGGAAUUGUCAGAGCAAAUGAGUCAUGAAGAGUCCAGUCAAGUACUAGAUUCUGAGGUAACUGCCAAUCAAAAAGAAGCAUCUGUGCAAGAUAAAUCAAAGACAGUAACUCCUCGAACAGAUGAGCGGAAAGAACAACAUGAAAUAGCAGCAGUUAAUAAAAUGGAUAAUUACGUGCCUCAUGGAAGAACACCUGUUGAUGAAAGUGAAAGCAAUCAAUAUGUUCGUACUUCUCAGCAACCAGAGCAAUUAAUUUCAUAUUUGGAUAAUCACCUUCGACCCAUGACAAAAGAGGCAUAUGAUUUAGACCAUGAUCGUUUUGAAAGUGUGAUCAACAGGGAAAAAUAUCUAUUGGAUACAGGUGAGCAGACAAAUGAAAAAAGAGUCAGAGAAAAUAUUGCCAACGAUAUAGCAAAGCAUAUCCUAGAAGUAGCUAAGACUGGCCUUCCAGAACCUGGAGUAAAGUUUGAUAAGGCAUCAGGUGAUUUAGACUUACAGCCCUUUAGACUUGAUUUUGAUAACCUUCCAUCAGAUUCAACAAGAGAGGAGCAGUGCUUGGAGACUGAUGAACAUCUUGCUGAGUCAAUGGAUUAUAAAGUGAUUACCCAAGAAGAACUUUUGCAAGAUGAAAUAUCCUCUGAAUUGGCACAUGAAGAUUUAUUGUUUGAAGACAGGGAAUCGUUUGAGCCGAUUAGCCAUAGUUAUGAAUCUGUAAAUGAGGCAGAGCAAGACACACCCAUUGAACAUGAGGAUUCAGGCUUUGUGAUGAUGAAUUCUGAAAAAUCAUCACUCGACAUAUCUGAAAGUGAGAGUCAACAAAAAGAAAUUAAGAAGGUCCAUGUUGAUACUUAUUGCUGCCAGUGCAGGUGCCCAAUUUCUGCUAUUGACAAGCUUUUUGGGGAGCAUGAAGGCCAUGAUGUGACAACACUGGACACUGCUGUAAUGGAUAUGAAGGAUCAAUUAGAUGAAUUUCUAAGAGAGUUACAGCAAAAGUCAGUGAAGUUUGAGGAGUUGGUUAGUGAAAUAGAAUCCCUGUUUAAUUCUGUUGAGGAAAACAGUAAGAAAAAUGAGCAGUUUUUAGAAGACCAAAAUGAAGAGAUGGUUAAGACAGUGAUAGCCCACUAUGAUGAGAUGUCCCAGAACUUUGAGGAGGUGAAGAAGAUGAAAAUGGAAUACUUGUAUGAACAGAUGGUUAACUUUCAGCAAAGUAUUGUUACGGCGAAGGAAACCUUAGAGACAACUGUAACAGAAACUGAAGAACUUGAUUAUGUUGUUUUCCUAAAUUUAUCUAAAGAAAUGAAUAAAAGGUUACUUUCUGCAAUGGAUAAAUCUCUCUCAUUAGAAAAAAUGCCCAGUGCAUUUUCACUUUUUGACCAUUAUGCAGACGGUUCAGUGAGAAGUGAUCAGAAUACCUUAAAAUGUGUCGCUGUUCCACAGACUCCAAAAUUGCUACCUCAGGAACCAAACUCUGCUACAAGCACAUCAAUUGCAAUCUAUUGGACUGUGAGUGAAGGAGACGUCAUUGAUUGCUUCCAGGUGUAUUGCAUGGAGGAACCUCAACCAAACAAAGAUCAAAGUGCCUUGGUAGAAGAAUACAGAGUUACAGUGAAGGAGAGUUACUGCAUUUUGGAAGACCUGGAGCCGGAUCGCUAUUAUGGUGUGUGGGUCAUGGCUGUGAACUACACAGGAUGUAGCUUACCAAGUCACAAAUCCACUUUCAGAACUGCACCCUCUACCCCCUUACUAAAGGCAGAAGACUGUACUGUGUGUUGGGACACUGCCAUCAUCCGAUGGAGCACAGCCAACUCAGAAGCAACAAAGUCUUUCACACUGGAGUACUGCAGACAGUACUCUCCUGAAGGAGAGGGUCUCAGAUCUUUUGCUGGAAUAAAAAAGCCUGAACUGCAAGUUAAUCUGCAGCCCAAUGUGAAUUAUUUCUUCUAUGUGAGAGCUGCCAACUCAUCUGGGACAAGUGAGCAGAGUGAAGCUGCCCUCAUCUCAACGAAAGGAACUAGAUUUCAUGUGAUGAGUGACACAGCUCAUCCUGCUUUGCAAGUGUCGUCCGAUGGAACUAUGAUAUGCCUUCCUGAGAGAACUAAAUUCACUGGAAUUCCAUCUGUCCUGGGUGAGCUGCUGCCAGCUCGUGGUCGGCAUUAUUGGGAAACCACCGUCACUGGCUGCAAAGGCUACCGGAUUGGAAUCUGCUGUAACUCUACACCACAAGGCAGCAUCCUGGGGCAGGAUGAUACUUCUUGGUGCAUAUGUUGUUGUUCUACACAAACAAGUUUCAUUUAUAAAUUCUUCCACCAUGGUGUAAUGAGUGAUGUUUACAUGACGGAGCAGCCAGCCAGGGUCGGCAUUCUGCUGGAUUAUAAUGCUGGGAGACUUUCAUUCUUCAAUGCAGAGAGAGGACUAGCUCUGUUCACCAUCAGGCACAAAUUUACCAAUGCUGCUCACCCUGCCUUUGUUCUGGAGAAAGCUGGCGUACUUAACCUGCACACAGGAAUGGAGCUGCCAGAGUUUGUGAAACACAGCUAAUCUCUUGCUUUCAAACCACCCGGAAGACAAACCAUUAUAAUUUUUGGGGGGGCGGGGAGAGGGUAUCUAUUUUUCUCUUAGCGAAUGUUACCCACACCAUUCUCCCGCACAUCAACACUAAUUGUAAUUAUACAAAUAGCACUCUGUGCAUAGAGAGGAUAAUAGGCUCCCUCCCACUUAGUAUGUAUCUUGUGGUAUAUAUUGAGUUAUUCUCUAAAGGAAAAAGGUGUAUAUUAGAACCAAGCACUGGGAGGGGGGAAGAUAAAUUCAGGAACAGGAACUGCAGUCUUUACUACGAUAAAAAAUAAUUACAAUAUUAGCUGAAUUUUUUUACGUUUGAUGAUGAUCUUGUAUAUGAGAUAAGUACUUCUAUCUUUGAGCUUUAGAAAUCUGCAUUUCUACAAAAAUAAAUGGGCAGAGAAAAUAAGAUCAAAGGGGCAACAUUUUCAAGCCAGCCCCAAACUAGCCUCCAACAUUGCUCACACAAAUUUUGAAUCCAUAGACUCAAUAUUUCCCAUCCAUAUUGUUCAGACAGUCACAGUUAUCUGAUUUGUGUGCACAAAUGCCACUUGAAAUGUGAAUAGAUGUUCAGCAAAAAUAUGCAUGUGCAAUUUUGGAGUCCAAAGUGUUGCCUGCGUUUCUGGCCCUAAAAUUACUGCCUGGAUGGCUUAAAGAAUAGAUAGGGUCCUAUCGCCUGCGACUCUGGAGUAAAAUUGUCAUCAACCUUCCUGUGAAUUGUCCCUUUUUCAUCUCUGACAUAAUUGCUGUUGCCUUUGAUCUUACCUUACCCAGUUUCACACUUAAGUAUAGAACUACCCAUAGAUGAUCUCCUUGCCUCUGCUCUACUCUGUCUUUUUGUCCCAUUUGAGCUUUGUCUACACUAGCAUUGGACCCUAGUUAGCAAGCUGCAAUGCUUGGGGGCUAUUGUGAUGGGUUCACUAGACAUUGCUAGAUAAGAAGACAAAGAUGGCAUCGGAAUAUGAUUAAACAUUUGCCAGCAGAUCUAUAUUCUGGUAUUAACCUGGCCAGUGUUAGAUAGAACUGUAUUUCAAAGCACUUUACAAAUCAGUGCUAUGGGCCCUUCCUCUCCCGGCCAGAUUCAUUGGUGGUGGUGCCAAUGAAGCCCUGUGACCCCCUUUGGUGUGUAUUGACCCUAAGGGAUGGCAGGCAAUGUGAUGCAUACUGCCCAUCCUUGUGGUUCCCUACUGGGCUCACUUCUCAUCUCAAUUAAUCCCUGGUACCCUCUGAAGUAAGUGGAGUUUCACAUGUCUAACUGAGAGGAGUUGCUGUUGAAAAUAGUUUUUUAAUUAAUUACAAUUUAGGUUUCUGCUUGUCAAGAUCACAGUUGGUGUCCAAUCUGCAGUCUAUUUUAUUUAUGUUUUAUUUUAGCAGCACCUAAAAGUGCACUAGAGGCUUCACAAAGCAAUAGUAAGACAUGUUCCAUGUCCCAUAGGGUUUACGCUCUGAUUUUGGUGCAGUGACAGGUGUAACAAAUACCCAGGGACAGACAAGGUGGGAAUGACAAGAUCACACAGUCAUUUAGUUUAAGCCUGUGCACAUCUUGAUGAGUCAAUUAAAAGUGCUUUUUUGCUUUAGAAAAUUAUUCCUGGCUCACUGGGAGCAUCCUGGAAGGAGUGCAUCCUAAGGAGUCCUUUGAAUUGAGAGGGAUUCAGCUGGCUUGUUGGCUUGGGAGAGGGGAGAGGAUUCCAUGUGUGUGCAGGGGACGAUAUGGAAAAAGCCUCAGGAUGAUUGGAAAAGUAAGACACAAAGGGGGCACUGAAGGUGGUGAUAUUAUCAGAGCUGAAGGGGCUGGGGGAGGUGGAAAGCAGAAAAAUAGAAUAGAGGGAGAGAGGCUAAGAGGCUAGGUCAGAGGUGCAGGCUGUGUGCAUUCCUGGAGCUCCCAGAUAGCCAAUGAUUUCACUGGAGAUUUGAGUGCAGAAACAAUACAGGGUUGAGCUUUUAAUAGCUAAAUUCAGAAAAUAUUUAUGAAAAUGAAACUAAAUCUGCAAAUCCCAGUUUUCCAGUUAUUUUAUCUGCAAUGUCCUCUACUACUUGUCAUCGCUGCAUCCUUGCAGGCAGCUGUGUCCCACGAGCCAAGGUUAGCUUCACUCAUCAGCAAUGCCAUGAUGUAUUGCAGGGUGGACAAAUCAGGGUUAAGGAGAGCAAGAAUGGCAAAGAAAACCAAAAACACGUUUUGUGACAAACUAGACUCUUUCAGGCAAUAUUUACAAAUGGCAAAACAAAGCCUUGUUUAUAACCAUUCAUUGUUGUGCAGGUAGCAUUAUAAUAGUCCUUCUAGAUCAAAGGCUUUUUCAAAACGGUUCCAAUUAUACAAAUACAGGAUCUCUGUCUGUUUUGAAGGACUACCUGAUAGGCUUCCCAGAUGUACUGUACAAUUCCAGUUAUCCAAAUUCCCUUCAUCCAAAAAUCCUAGUCAUCCAAAUCCAGUGUGUCCCCCAUGUAGUCCUAUGUUCAAAAUAGCACUUCCAUUUAGCUGAACACUUGGUUAUCCAAAAUGUUCAGAUGUCCCCCAGGCCGUUUAGCUAAAUGGGAGGGUACAGUAUUUUUAUAUUUACAUUUUUAAGCUUCAGUUUUGACCUUGGAUGCAUAUGUGCAUAGCACCAAAAAGUGGAAUGUGUUUACAGGACUACAAGUAAGCUGUGUCCAAAAUUUAGAUUUCAGAAGGAUUUUGCCAUUUGCCUACUGCAAAAGCUAGACCUGUCAAACGUAAGAAGUGGUGGUUGUGGGUUGAUCCUAAGCAGUAUACCAGUAUAUCUCUACGCUUUUGUUAUUUGCAUACUUCUGUCUGAAAACAGAAGAUCUGGAGCAUUUUUCAUUAGUAAUAUAUUCCAAAUAACUCUGGAAAUAUCCAAGACAGAUGAACUGGUCGGAUACAAAAUAAAUAUAGAGCUGUCUGCCCACCUGUGACUUUACACCUCUUCAAAGCAAAUUAGCGAAACAAAUGCAAAAUCCAGCAUGCAACACAUCAUAUGAAGCUGUGAUUCUCCCUGGUAGAUUUUGGGCCAGAAUCUGUUUCAGUUAAAUCCAUGUGCAUGAUAGCAGAAUUUAGCCCUCUGGAUUCAUAAAUUUAAGUAAGGGUUCUACUCAUCCACAUACAGGAUGAAAUCUCAACUUAAUUGUCGUGAAUGGCAAAAUUCCCAUAGGCUUCAGUGUGGCCAGGAUUUCUCAAACAGUCUAUAUGUUUUCUGUGAAGUAUGUGGAUAAUCUUAAUUUAACCAAUAAUUCAAGAAUAAUGCAGUACAGAUUACUAAAAUAUGUGGACAAUGUCUAUUUAAUUGACCUGUUUCAAUAUACCAUGUGUGAGAGAACACAAUAGAACAUUGAAUGCUGGUAGGAAAAGGAUAAAUAUAUUUAAAUGGUGAAAAGCAUGUUGAUUAAAAACAAUUAGUUCUUGGGUUAUAUACAUUUUUGUUUGCAGCUGUCAGGAACUGUCUAUAAGAAAUGAGGAGAAAGUUGUAUAUAUUUGUUGCCCACUCUGAUGUUGGAUACUUUUGUUUUUUGAGCUGUCAGUGUUUAUUUCUUGCAUAAUGCCAGUCUCAAUUACUAAUCUGGUCCACAUUAAUUAAUAUUGAAUGAACAAAGCUUGGAAGCUCAUCCUCGCUUGGACAGCCAGAACAAAGCACAUGGUAAAUAAAAUGCAUUACCCAAGACUUGUAAGCAUACAUAUUGGUUAGAGAUUUACCAAAUUUACGAGAAGUACAGAUGUUGAAAUCCCACAAUAUGAUCUGCCAAAACACAGCAGUAUGGAGUGUAAACUCUGCUGCCCUUAAGAACCUAGAGAUGCAGUUAUGGUGCUUUUUGUAUUUGCUUUUGUGACUACAGGGCAGAGAUGAGCUCCUAGAAUUUAUUUACCAGAAUGUGCUUCUAGUGUAAAUUUGAAUAUAAAAUAUAGUCACUCUUGCUUUUCACUAUGAAGUGUAUUGAAUCAAGAUGUUGGGGCUUGUUACACCCAUUUUUCUGGCUACUGUGAUUAAUAGCUACCUAUGCAAAAACAAGAUCCAAGUAAAUAUAUUGCUAAUGUUCUUGAGGAUGUUUUUGUUUAAUGAUACAUUAUAGCUGUGUGAAUUAUUUUUUAUGCAUAGGCUGCUAGCUCAGCUGGUAGUGGCUGAGACAUUUUCCCAAAAGCUAAUGAGUUUAUGCAAUAUGUGUACACAGUCUGUUCAUCAUUCCAUGCUUAUCAUUGCACAGGUGCGCUUCAGAGUCAAGACAAUGCAACAGUAAGAAACUAAGGAUGCUCGAAAUACCCUGAAGUGUGUUUUUAUCCUGAGGCAUGGGGAUUUGCACUUGCAGCUGUUGUUAGCAUUAAUUAAUAUUUGGCCUGAUCCAAAGCCCACUGAAUGCACUGGAAAGAGUCCCGUUAGCUUCACUGGGCUUGGAUUAGGUCCAUAAAUCCUUGUGCUCGGAGGUAAGAAUAUAUGCCUGACUAUAAGAGAUGAUCAUUAAUUUCUACUGUCAAAAACAAAUCUCGCUUAGGCCUUUCUAUUCCAGAAAAAAAGCUAAAUGCUUCAUUUCAAUGCCAGCUUGUAAUAGUAUAUAUCAAAUAGAACUUGCUUUUACGAGUGCACUGCAGAGCAUAUGGGGGCGGGGGUGUCUAUGAGUAAUAAUUUCCUCUUCUGUUGCAGUCAGUACUUUUUUUUUUAAGGGAAACAUCACUUACGUUUAAAUUUCUUUGUACCAAAGAUGGUCUAGAGAGACCUUAUUUUGAAGAUAUGUAAUGGAAGAAAGAAAAAAAAAUUACACUAUGGAUUAUGUAUCAGAGGCGUAGCCCUGUUAGUCUGGAUCUGUAAAAAGUGACAGAGUCCUGUGGCACUUUAUGGACUAACAGACGUAUUGGAGCAUAAGCUUUCGUGGGUGAUGCAACUAUGGAUUAUGGAAUUUGAUUAUGGUACCAAUCACCACGCCUAAUUUAAAGUAUGACAUGUAGGUGCUAAAUCCCCAUUACAGUGAUGUUUUCUUUGGUAUAUGAGUGAGCUACACAUUCUUAUUGCCACUGUAGGGUUGGGUUGUUUUUUUUAAUAGCAUAUAAAGACUAAAGUGAAGUUAGAUUCAUUUGGAAUUUCUCUCUUCCAAAAUCAUUCACAAACUGGGGCUUCAGAUAGGUUGAGGGUUAAUUUGGAUUUUGAAAAUAGCAAUACAUGUUAUAGCAUCACUAAUCUGCGUAAAGUCAUUCAUAUUUAACAAACAAGGAAUUCAUAAUUAACAAGAAGCUAGAUCCUAUCAGAUUAUUUACCUAACCCUCCAGGAAAAGUAAAGCCCCUAUUCUGCCUUCAACAGUGUGUUGUGCAAAUGAGUUCAAAGUUCAUUGUAACAAACAGAGAUAUUUCUGCUUAUGUUCUGCAAUCCAGAGGGUAGUGUUCUCUGGUCACGGACCACAUCUCAUUGCAGUUCCUCAUGAGGCACAACACUUGGGGAAUGGAGCAGAGAUUCCCCCCAAACAGAAGAAUUGUCCCAAUUAUAAUUAAGUCAUCAAGUGAAAAAUGUAUAGUUUAAAGUAUUGUUCUAUUCUGAAAAAUGACUUUGUAUAAAUGGCACCUUCUUACACAGCAUGUACGUUGCCUGACUGUAUUCAGAGAUGCAUCUGCUCAUUUUACUGACAAAAAUACAUGUUCACUUAUUUUAGUUUAUUGCGGCUAACCCUGCAGAAUCAAUGCUGUUAAUGAUGAGUGAUGUUAAUACCUGGAGUCUAUUACAUAUUAUGCAUCAACAGAUGUGUUAGCUAAAUUCCAAUCAAUUCUAAAUUCCAAUUCCAACCUUUACAAAUCCACUUAAGACCAGGGGAUUGCACAGAUAUAACUAGGGGCAUAAUAUGCCUUGCAGAAUCUUUAUUUCAGGUGAUAAGGCACAAGAAGGAGUGAACCCAGUAUGACUUUCAGAGUCUAAUCUGAGUUUGCAGGCCUGACCAUGAGAAAAAUCAUCUUUCUGCUUGUAAGUCAAGUACAUAUUACAUAUUCCAGUCCUGCGAGGUGCUAAAAUCCUCCUGAGAGGUGCUUAGCAGACUUGGAUCAUGGGACAUGAUACAUAUGUCAUCCCACACACCCAUUUUCACAGAGAAACUUUUCAGAGCAGAACUGCAUCUUCAGGUAAAAUUAACUAAGGUUAUUGUAACCAUGUACUAGUUAUCUGCCUGUUUUCCCUAUGUUUCCUCAACUAGACCUAUCAAAAUUCACACUCAUAAAGCCAAGAAACCCCACUGAAAUUAUACAAAUAGUAUUAUGUAGGCCAAAACCAGAGGAAAAAAUAGUUUACAUGCAACUCCCAUAACACACACAGUUGUCUGUUAUGUACUGAUUACAUAAUAUCAAGGAAUCAUCAUGCAGUUCUUUCUUAUACAUGUAUAUUUUCUUAUCUCUAAUAUUAAUAAAAUGCCAUAUAUAAAGUUACUAUUUACAUGGAUACUUCCUAGAUUUAUCAUACUGCCAAUGCUUAAUAAAUAAAUGUUGAUUAUUUUAUCUUUAAAAAGAUGAGAUUUUCUUUCCAUUCACAUUUCCAUCUCUUGCUUUAAAAACAGUCAAAGAUUUUUCCUUGAUUCAGCUAACAGCACAUUUUCUAUAGGAGCACAAGACAUUACACAGAUGUUUGUAUAGCUGUCAUCACCAUAGUAUCAGAGCACCUUUGAGGCUUAAGUCAGGGGCAUCUUUGGGGAAAAGGAAGUAUCCGUCACAGCUGUGGGUCUGUGUCUGCAGAACAUAUUUUUAUAAAACUCCCAUUGAAGUUUCAGGACUCAGGACUGCAAGACGGGGCCCCAUAUGUUUAUUUACAAAUGACUGCAUGAGAAUCUAAACUACUCUUCCUGAAGAUAAGAGUGCACAAGUAAAUCACCAAAAAGAAGAAAAGGGCCAAAUCCCUCUUGUCUUAGUCAAGGAGGUAGUUUCAUUAAAGUAUAUGAGAGGAUUUGGCCCAUUUAGUGUCACACUUUUUGCUUCCCUUGUGCAUGCGUAACAAGCUGGACGGUUACUCUUCAUUGCUAGUUUAUAGCAUUUUUGCUGCUUUUUUAAAGAUCUCCAUUAACGGCCAAAUAAGGAAGAUGCUAAAACCCUGAGUGGUUAUAAGCACUUCUCUUUAAAGUCAGCUAUUUUUCAAAGAAAGCUAGAAUUAAUUAGUGCAACUCUCUGUUAACAAAUACAAUAUUGAUACUGAGUUAAGCAGGUUGGUUUGAUCUUCUGGAGUUUAAAAUAGUAGUGAGCUCAUCUCUUAGCAACUGACCUAAGGGCCGGCAGUUAAGCUUCUUUUAAAAUAUAGAGAUAUUAAACGGAAUUAUCUGCAUUUCAGAUUUUUAAAACUAACAAAUCUAGAAUUUUCAUUUUGUGUAGACAGUACUGUGGAAUCUCUGACACUACAUACCCAGUGGAUAGUAAUGAACCUUUUAGAAUGAAGUCUCUCUCUCAUGACUGUGGAGUAGAAAUACCUGGAUCUCUAUGUUUUAAAGGUGAUGCACAUUGUGUGGCCAAAAUUCCCCCUCUCUAAACUGCAUUGACUUCUUUUAUCUGCAGUGCAGAGGUAAUAGAGAGAAUUAAUGGUUUUAGUGUAGUGGGCUAAUGUAAAGCCGCAGAUGUGUGCUUUAAUGAGAUGUUGAUAAGGAGGCAGGUUAAAAAACAUAAGGACCACUAAAGAUGUGGAAGGGGAAGUUAGCUAGGAGGACAAAAGCAUAUGGACACUGGAAAGUUGUAAACCAAAUAAAGGCAUUUUAAGAAUUGUACUGCAAUCUUUAUUGAAUAUUACAAGUGCAGAAUAUGCCAUAUGAACCUGUAUGGUGGAUCAAA